AUGUUUCACAACUACAUCUACGUCUUCCUGUGCGUCGUCGGAGUCUUCGCCAACAUCUCGAUCGUCGUCGUGCUCCUCCGACCGGCGAUGCGAAAGUCCCCAUUCAAUUUGUUUCUCGUCGUGAUCGCCGUGUGUGACGCCAGUCUUAUGGCCACCUACUUGGCAUACAAACACGUCGAACUGUGCCAUCCGUGGUAUUUCUCGUUUCCGUGGGCGAUCUAUACGAAAUUCUACGCGAUUUUCUCGGUUUUCGUCCAUUCGUGUAGUUUGUGGCUUACGGUGAAUAUGGCCAUUUUGAGAUUCCUCGUCCUCUACCGUGGAAGCCGCUCGGAAACGCGAAUUCCACAAUGCAAUGGUUUUGGCGCUGCAUUUAUCGCAAUCAUCCUGGCAUUCGGUAUCGCCUGCAUCGGAUGUCUGCCAAUAUUCAUUCGAUACCGUAUCAUCGAGGGAGAAGUUGGCGCUGUGCCAGAUUUAUGUUUGGAGGGAAAAUAUUCAAAUGACUGGGCGCCCACUGACAUGAUACGCUUCUACGGAUUGAGUCAACCGCUUUGGUGGAAUUGUGAUUGGGAGAGGAUUAAUUAUUGGAUGGCUGCCCUAAUUCUGAAACUCAUCCCGUGCCUCCUCCUCACCAUCUUCAUGACUCUCCUCGUCCGAAUGCUCAUCGAAGCCCGCGAAAGACGGUCCCGACUGUGCGGUGGAAUGGGAAAUGGAAACUCACAAGCGGAACGGACGACGGCGAUGCUCACCGGAAUCGUCGCCAUCUUUUUGAUCACCGAAUUGCCACAGGGAGUGCUGACGUUUGCCGCCGGCGCCAACCCACGGCUCACUUUUUUGACACUUCAAAUGAAUAAUGUAUUUGAUCUACUCUCGCUGAUCAAUAGCGCCGUCAAUUUUGUGCUUUGCGCCCUAAUGAGCCAUGUUUUUCGGAGAGAAUUCCUCCAAACAUUUGGUGUUUGCUGCCCACAAUCAUCGGAGAAUCACAGUGGAGCGCCGAUCAAUAAGACAUCGAACCGAUCGAUUCUCUCCACAUUCAGCAACAUUGCCAAACCAAAAACGUCGAAGAAAAAUGGAUUCCUUCCAGUUCCCACUAAUUGUCCGGACGACAAAAAUACCGUUCAAUUGGCCAUGAAUUAG